UGGGCCCGCGCGGCUCAAUCACUCUACACACACCGCAAUAUGCACGCGUAUUUCGCGCUCGCACUCGCGCUGGCAGCGCCUGCGCUCGCCAAUACCCGCGAUCGUAUCGGCUACGAAAGAGAAAUUGAUUCCACUAAAUACAACCAAGUGCCAAAGCUCCUAGAUUAUGUACUCAACGAGGAAUACCUAUCAGCACAAAAGAAUAGGGGAAAACUCAUAACAAGACUGAGACCGGACGAUCUUGUCGCAAGUGACAAUGUUAUAUUAGAGUCGAAUGUAGUAACAAUCUUGAAACCUGAAAAAAAGCGUAUAGAGAAUGAAAAUGAGCAUCAGCUUGUAAGGCGGCGGCGAGGUUACAAUUUAGAAAAUGUGAGGGUACCGGCUCGGUAUCCAUACCUCCCAGUGCCACGUUUCGACCGCUUCCGCAGAUGGGGCUAGUGUCCGCGGAUUGACCGAUGCGCCAUGCCGCGCGCUUCAUCAAAUGUCAAGGCUGCGCAGACGAUGCUACCAGCGAGACCCACCGCGCCUCGAGCGCAUCUCCCGUGCAUGAUGCGUGUACGUCGUUUACAGACUAUUUUUAGUUAUUAUAUAAUUUAUAUGUUGUGGCUGUGUUCGAACACUCAAGUUAUGCCGUCAUCUACACGGCUUGAAGGCAACGAUUGGCAGGAUAAAUAUAUACAUACCAAUUAGAGUAUCAAAAGUGAAGCUAAUAUUAUAGACCAUUACACCUAAAAUUAUAGAUAUCAUUAUAAGAUAAAAGUUGAA